UGCAAGUACUGUAGUCCGGGAGGUGUUCUCUUUCUUUCAUUUAUUUAUUCAUCUACCUGACAGUGCAGAGCGUUCAGCUAAACUCUCCGGUUGACGUCAACGUGCGACACAAGAUUGUAUCACUCAUUCUGCAUGUGAUAUCCUAGUUUAGGUGGGCUAGUAACAUCUUAAACCGCAGACAUGGUGGCGGCUAAGAAAACGAAAAAGUCCUUGGAGUCCAUCAACUCUCGGCUUCAGCUGGUGAUGAAGAGCGGUAAAUAUGUACUGGGCUACAAACAGACUCAGAGGAUGAUCCGCCAGGGCAAAGCCAAGCUGGUCAUCCUGGCCAACAACACACCUGCCCUGAGGAAAUCAGAGAUAGAAUACUAUGCUAUGCUGGCUAAGACUGGAGUCCACCACUACAGUGGGAACAACAUAGAGCUGGGCACAGCCUGUGGAAAGUACUUCAGAGUCUGCACUCUGGCCAUCAUUGACCCUGGUGAUUCAGACAUCAUCAGGAGUAUGCCUGAUCAGCCACAGGGGGAGAAGUAGUCUAGUUGGUUCUCUUCUGUUUCCCUGGAGAUUUAUUUGUAAAUAAAUCUACUUAAAAGAUGA